CUGAUUGCAGAGAGGCAGCUCUCCCAAAUGUGGGCCAGAUAAUGCAGGGAGGGGCAUGGAACCGUGGGUACAUUGGACCCACGGUUCUGCAUUAUGUCUGAAAGGGACCUUAGGUUUUUAAAAAAAUAUUUCUAGUCCUUAUGACUGCAAGGAUUGACUUGAAAGUGCCUUGAGUUGGGGGAGAAGGGCUUCCAAUGAUUAGAGGGUGGGGCAUUGUGCCCUGCCUCAUGACUGGUGGAAGCAGGACAAACAAUGCCAAAUAAGUAAAUACAGGAAAAUAUGCUCAGUUAGCAACAUAUUUUUUACAGAGCAAAUUUUAACUUUUAUUGGCAAAUAAUUUGGCUUAGAGUAAGAUCUUUUUCACAGUACAGAACAUGCAGCAUGAUGUCUUAAUUGUCUCUUUUAGAGUUGUUAGAACUUCUCCAGGUAGAAAGUGUUACACUGGAUUCCACUAGAGGAGUACAGUAUUCUGUCAUGCAGGAAGAAUAACCUAUUGGAAUAGUCAGCCUUAGUGACUAGCAUAAGACAGUCCUUCAUCGGGAGUAACCAAAUGUUCCAGCUAUAGAAAAAUACUCCCACCUAAUGUCUACAAAAGAGAAGUGCAAAGAAAGAAGAGUAAGCUAGAAUAAGAAGGACCUCCUAUAUUUGUAAAGGUUGAUUAUUGGUUGCAUAACUGUGUGUGAACUCGUAGUGAUCAGCCACCCCUCUCCUAAAAAGUUAACCGGAAGUGAACCCUGUCCUGACUGAUAGGCUGGUGAACUCCAGAGCUCAGCCAAUCAACACACCAGAGAGAGCCAGUAGUGCUGAAAGGAAUAGACUUGGGCCCUUGCACAACCAAAUGGACCGUGGAUUAUCUCAGUCAAGCAGCAGGAAAUAAAGAAGUGAAGGUUCAUGUUUCGACUGUGCCACAGAUGGACUUCCUCAGUAAGAACUUUGUAUAUAGAACUUUGCCUUUUGAUGUAUUUGUAAGGAGAGCAGCUGAAGCCAAACAUACAGAAUACUUUAUUGCAGAGGAUGAAAAGUACUAUUUGCGAUCACUGGGAGAAGACCCACGAAAGGAGAUUGCAGAUCUCAGAAAGCAGUUUCCUGUGCUGGCAGAUGAUAUCUGGAUUCCAGAAUACUUUGAAAAGGAGCAAUUCUUCUCCACCGUCUUCCGCAUAAGCUCAGCAGGACUACAGCUUUGGACACAUUAUGAUGUAAUGGAUAACUUCUUAAUCCAGGUGACAGGCAAAAAGCAAGUUGUGCUGUUUAGUCCUCGUGAUGCACCUUAUUUGUAUUUAUCGGGCACAAAGUCAGAGGUGCUAGAUGUGGAUCAGCCAGACUUGAAGAAAUAUCCUCUCUUUGCCAAAGCCAGACGUUACCAAUGCCAUCUGGAAGCAGGAGAUAUCUUGUUCAUUCCAGCUUUGUGGUUCCAUAAUGUAACUUCGCUGGAGUUUGGAAUUGGAGUGAAUGUGUUUUGGAGACACCUUCCUUCUGAAUGCUAUGAUAAAACAGACACUUAUGGAAACAAAGAUCUUGCUGCAGCCUCAAGAGCAGUACAGAUCUUGGACAGGGCUUUGAAAACACUGGAAGAGCUGCCUGAGGAAUACAGAGACUUCUAUGGGCGGAGAAUGGUUUUACGUAUCCAAGAAAAAACCUAUAGCAAUAACUAUCAUUAAAAAGCAUGUCCAAUCUUC